GUCAAUCGCCAAAAAGCCGUUGUCCUUUGCCGAAGACAGAGCAUCUUUAUUAGGAUCAAACAGAUCAGACACAGGUCCAUCGUCGCUUGCAUCCAUGUACCGUGAAAGUGACGCAAGUAGAGUGUACGAGCAGCAGAACGAUCUACGUUUGAAGGAACUGAACAACAAAUUGUCUGCGUUACAUAAGAUUACAGUGGACAUAAACAACGAAGUGAAUGCUGAUAUCGAGGUACUCGACGAUAGUAGUGGGACUUUCUCGUCGUUCGACGGUUCGCUUUCUGGCACAAUGGACAGGUUGAAGCAGAUGACAUCGAUCCGACACCAAAGAUACAUG